AUGCAGCAGCCUACUCAGGGUCCAGAUGCGCCGUCGUCAUCGCCACGAUACCAACAGCCUCGCCGUGGCUGGGGCAAUCCCGCUCCGCUCGCACCACCGCCACCCAGCCUUGAUCAUUUCCCACCUCUAGGUAAAGAGAAUCCAGAGGGGAAACAGCGAUCCCCACACAGCGUUCCAUCGUAUCAGCGCGCUGAUCAACCCCAUGGCCAGCAGCCCCACAGACCUAAAGCGGGUCCUCUCGCAAGCAAUAAUAAUCCUAUCGCUCCUCGCAGGUUUGAUCGGCGGCCUCCGAGGCUUCCCGUUGCGCAUUACGAGCAGUUCUUUGUGGAGCAGGCGGCCAAUCUCGAGAAGGUUGCCAAAUCACUGUUGGAGGAGAUCUCGCCGCCGGAUGAGGAGACGGUCGCGAAGAAUGAGCUCCUGCAUCUCUUGCAGGGCAUCUGCAGGAAGCUAGUGCCAACUGCUGUGCUGAUACCAUUCGGCAGCCUUGUCACGGGUUUCUCGACCGCAUCUUCGGACAUCGACUGCGUGUUCGUCGCUGGACCUCUCAACGACCCCGCCACGCCAGAGGUAUCCGACGAUCUCCCUGCCCUGCUGGAACGGAGCCUGCAAGAAGAGGACUUCGAUGCACAGCUACUGACUCGCACUCGAGUCCCCAUCAUCAAGAUGAAGCAAAGGGCUGCUCCUGGCAUCGGAGAGAUACAGUGUGACAUUGGAUUCAAAAACUUUCUGGCGAUCCACAACACGCAACUGCUUCUGUGCUACUCCAAGUGCGACGUGAGAGUAAAACAGAUCGUGUUAUUCGUCAAGUGGUGGGCCAAAAAUCGACACAUCAACUCUCCAUACCGUGGCACGCUGUCUUCGUAUGGAUAUGUCUUGAUGAUACUCCAUUAUCUCAUCAACAUCGUCCAACCACCGGUUCUGCCAAACUUGCAGCUGCAACCCAUUCCCCAGGGUACGGCCGAUAGCGAGAUCCACUACAAGGAAGGCGGGAGUGAGUACAACAUCUGGUUCGCCAAGGAUAUCACGAACAUCGGACCGAGCCCGAAUACCAGUUCUGCCGGAGAAUUGCUUAGAGGUUUUUUUGACUACUAUUCCUACAAAUUUGCCUGGGGUCAAAGUGUGAUCUCCAUUCGUACUCAGGGAGGCCUCCUCACGAAGCAGGAUAAAGAUUGGUGUAUGGCAAAGAGCAGGCCAGCGAAUACGUCUGACGGCGCGGAAACCUGGGAAGUUAAAGACAGGUACCUCUUCGCCCUCGAGGAUCCGUUUGAGACCGUUCACAACGUUGGAAGGACAUGCAAUGGCCCAGGGGUUAGAAGGAUCCGAGAUGAGUUGCGACGUGCAAUGGACCUUAUCAAAUUCCGCGGCGACGGAGGCCAGAGGCUCGAACGGUUUCUCUGCGAGGAAGCUCCACCGGAGAGGCCAUUCGUCAAGAAAGAAGACCGUGAGCCGAAGGACCCGAAUGCUUCCAUGAGUCCCGGUGCAGAGAACGAGAACGCAGCCGAAGAGGCGGCUAACUCGGGGGCGGCUGCUGGGGGUAAGGCAGCUGAGGAUUUGGUGCUCGAUACUCUGGAUGCUGUUAAGGAACUUUCGCUCAAUAGCUAA